ACCCACACACAACAAAUAUGUACACAAAAGAUCCUUCUAGUCUUCUUCUUUACCUCACUUUUAAUUUUUUUCCAAAAUUAAAAAAACACCACAAAAUUCACCUGAAAAAAGUAAAUAAAAAACUUUUCCCGGAAAAAUUUCACCGAUGCAACGUGGAGCUACCGGCACCGGAGCCGGAGGAGGACUUUCCCGUUUCCGUUCAGCUCCGGCGACAUGGUUAGAAGCACUACUUGAAUCCGACGAUACUGAGAACGAAACCGAAGUAGUACUUAAUCCUUCUUCUCCCAUUUUACAUACACCCAAUAAACCACCACCGCACCCAUCAAGUACUCACAAGUUACCGGAGCUUAAAAUGGAUCCGGGUUUGUUUGAAUCCGUUGGUGGUAGUACUAGUAGUAGUUUUCUAAGGCAGAAUAGUUCACCGGCGGAGUUUCUGGCGCAAAUUAGCUCUGAUGCUGGUGGUUAUUUUUCAAGUUAUGGGAUUCCGUCUAGUUUGGAGUAUCUUUCUCCCUCUGUUGAUGUUUCUCAGUCUGUUAAGCGAGGUCGAGAGGGUAAUUCGGAAAGUUCUCCCAGAAAAUUGAAGUCCCAGUUGAAGGGAGAGCCAAGUGGGCAGUUACAUGGUUCUGGUGGGUCACUGGAUGCUGAAAUGGAGAAGCUCAUGGAUGAUUUAGUGCCUUGUAAGGUUCGAGCAAAGCGUGGUUGUGCUACCCAUCCUCGCAGCAUCGCGGAGCGGGUUCGUCGAACGCGUAUAAGUGACCGUAUUAGGAAACUUCAGGAACUGGUGCCAAAUAUGGACAAGCAAACCAACACAGCCGACAUGUUGGAAGAAGCAGUCGAAUACGUGAAGUUUCUGCAGAGGCAGAUUCAGGAACUUACGGAGCAUCAGAAGAAAUGCACGUGCUCAAUGAAAGAUCAAUAAUGGGAAGAAGAGAGUUCCUGUAGAGUAUAUAGGCAAUAGUUUGCUUAGAUGCAUGCGGUUUAGAUAUGGUAAUUCACUCCUCUAUAUCCUAUUCUUCUUCAUGUGUAGAUAUUAAUGGAAAUUCGCAGGAGCUUUGCUACUUGAGAUUCCAGAAUCCGCUUCGGCUUUUUAUUAUUAAAUUUAGGUUGUACUCUUUUCUGGUGUAGUUGUAUUAUGUUGUAUAUGUAGUGUCAAUUUGCUUAAUAGUCAAAUUUCUGCAGCAGAAAACUUCACUUUCUGAAGAUGUAAUCAUGAUUUGCAGACCUGUCAUGUUGAAAGCAAAGUCAAAUCAAUAAAUAUUAAUGGAUCUGUUUGAAGUUUAA